UGGUGUUCAUGGGCAGUCAGGAGGACCCUGCAGACAACGGUCUGGAGGUCUUCCUGCAGGAACAUGGAGGCAGUGCCAACGCCUCCACUGACUGUGAGAGGACCAUCUUCCAGUUUGAGGUGCAGAGGCAGGUGUUCAGAGAGGCUCUGUACAGGUGGGCUCAGUUCUUCGUCUGUCCUCUGUUGAGUGAGAAUGCAGUGGACAGGGAGGUGGAGGCUGUGGACAGUGAGUUCCAGCUGGCCAGGCCGUCUGACUCUCAUCGUAAGGAGGCCUUGUUUGGGAGUUUGGCCAAACCAGGACACCCUAUGGGCAAAUUCUUCUGUGGUAACGCUCAGACGUUAAAACAUGAGCCCAAAGACAAACACAUCAACACCUACGAGAGGCUGAAGGACUUCUGGAGGAGAUACUACUCUGCUCACUACAUGACUCUCACUGUUCAGUCCACAGAAACCCUGGACACUCUGGAGGAGUGGGUGAGAGAAAUCUUCAUUAAGAUUCCCAACAAUAACGAACCUCCACCUGACUUCUGUCACCUGCAGCAGCCGUUUGAUACACCUGUUUUCAACAAACUCUACAGAGUGGUUCCAGUGAGAAAGGUUCAUUCUCUGACCAUCAACUGGGCCGUUCCCCCACAGGGGAAACACUACAGAGUGAAGCCUCUACACUACAUCUCCUGGCUGGUUGGACAUGAGGGAACCGGCAGCAUCUUGUCUCUGCUAAGAAAGAAGUGCUGGGCUCUGGCUCUGUACGGGGGAAACAGUGAGACGGGCUUCGACCAGAACUCCACCUACUCCAUCUUUUCCAUCUCCAUCACCCUGACUGAGCAGGGCUUCCAGAACUUCUACCAGGUGGUCCACUUGGUGUUCCAGUACCUGAAGAUGCUGCGGACUCUGGGCCCCCAGCAGAGGAUCUACGAGGAAAUUCAGAAGAUUGAAGCAAAUGAGUUCCACUACCAAGAGCAGACGGAUCCUGUCCAGUUUGUGCAGAACAUCUGUGAGAACAUGCAGCUGUUUCCCAAACCGGACUUCCUGACUGGAGACCAGCUCAUGUUCCAUUAUGACCCACAGGUGAUCAGCGCCGCUCUGACCCAGUUYACGCCCCAUAGAGCCAACCUGCUGCUGCUGUCUCCUGAGAACCAAGGCCUCUGUCCCCUCAGGGACAAAUGGUUUGGUACCAGCUACAGCUGCCAGGACAUCUGUGAGGAGUGGGCCCAGUACUGGACCGGUGACUUUGAGCUGAACCCGGACCUGCACCUUCCUGCUGAAAACAGGUUCAUCGCCACAGAUUUCACCCUGAAGAUGUCGGACUUUCCGGACUCUGAGGUUCCCCUCAGAGUCCUGGAUGAAGAACGAGGGACCCUGUGGUACAAGAAGGACAACAAGUUCAAGAUCCCUAAAGCUUACGUACGUUUCCAUCUGAUUUCUCCGCUGAUCCAGAGAAGUCCUGAGAAUCUGGUUCUGUUAUUGAGGCUCUGAAGGUCUUCACUCAGGAGGAUCUGAUCUCCUGGUUCUGGCAGAUCCGACAUGACAACAGGAAGCUCAGUGUGCACGUGGUGGGCUUCGGGGUGGAGGAGAACGACCCCUCUGAUCAGGGUGCUGUCAGUCCUGGUGACUCCGCCCCCUUAGCAUACGGCCAGGUGAGCCACCUGACCUUCUUGCCAACAUGGACGCCAGCGCUGCGAGAGGCCACGCCCAUCACUGACAUCAGAGCUUUUAGCUCCUCCCUUCCCCUCCACCCCUCCCACCAGAUCCUGUGUUAGGCUCCUCCCACUUCUGCAGUAACUAUGGUGACGCGGAUCAUCUCUGUUUUCAUUGGUUCUGUUGAAUAAAGAGGCUCUGAGCCUGGAUCUGAGGUUCUGGUUCUGAAGCUCUGAGCCUGGAUCUGAGGUUCUGGUUCUGAAGCUCUGAGCCUGGAUCUGAGGUUCUGGUUCUGAAGCUCUGAGCCUGGAUCUGAGGUUCUGGUUCUGAAGCUCUGAGCCUGGAUCUGAGGUUCUGGAUCAAAGAGACUGUGGUCCAUGAAGUCCACUGGACCCACUGAGACCAGAUACACUCACGUGUUAUUUAAAUGAGCAGCAGUUUGAGUUGUUGUUCAGUUCUGCUGUAAACAAAUGUUCUGUUCUAGAUUCAGACCUGCUGUCGUUCUUCUUCAGCUGUAAACUGUUCAUUGUUCAUGAAGCAGGAAAUGAAACUUGAUUUAMAGGAGGAACAUGGUUCAGGCUGGUCUCUGACACAUAUCACACAAUAAUCAUCCAGUUAUAUAACAAAGUUAUUAUGUUGAUCAAUCUGAAUAAAAUGUUACAAACUUUUA